AUGGCAACGAGCAACGACGGCUCUUCCUCUGGAGAAGAGCGUGAAGCUCCCGAAACGACGCCUGCAUCUUUUCCUGCAACACCGGCGCCGUUACCACCCUCCUCUAUAGAGACCAUCAUGGUGCACCUUGCACAACAAGACGCAGCCCAGAAGGCGGCGACCAACCAAAUCGCGGCGCUCGUAAAAAUCUUAGCUCCUCUCGCUGCGAACGUGGAAGCCUCAACGGUGCAGUACCGAAGACAUCUGUUUAACACGGAGAAAGCAACCGGCGCUACGCUGGCGCACGCUGAAGACAAAGAUGUCAACGACGGCGAUACGGCUCAAACCCCUGGAGGCCUCGACGCGCAGACCAUAAACGAGCUCGCCGAGUUAAAACAGUCAGUGCUCGAUAUAAACUCUAAGAUCCACAACGUGACUACGUCCUCUCCUCAGAUCGAGCUUGUCCUCGUAGAAUCUCUCUGGACGCCGUUUACAGAAAAAAUAACGGGGGUCCGACUCCGAAAGAUGGACAAGCUCCAUCUUCCGACCUUCAACGGCGUCUCCGACCCUUCUACCCAUGUCACGUCCUUCAACAUCGCAAUACGGCGCGCGAAUCUCUCUGACGAAGAAAAACACGCUGGCUUUUGCCAGCUUUUCGUCGAAACCCUAAAAGGAAUUGCUCUCAACUGGUUCACCGGCCUUCAAGAAAACUCCGUCAACAGUUUUCACGACCUCUCGACGGCUUUCCUCAAGAACUAUAUCAUGUUUACUCGCCAGGAAGCCAAUGCUACGGAUCUCUGGAACCUCAAUCAUGCCAAUGGGCAGAGCCUCCGAGAUUUCAUGGAGAAGUUUAAAUCCGUUGUCUCGAAAGUCGGCGUGCCGGACCACAUAGCUGUGGAAUCAUUAAUGAACACCCUCCAUAUCAAAUCGCCAUUUCGAGCCGACCUUUAUCGGCACCCGAGGAGAUCCGUGUCAGACGCUAUCGCUCGGUCCAACAACUUCAUCCGUAUGGAGAAAGACACCAGAGCAAAGGCGGCGAAAGAGGGGGCAGGAAAACAAACGCCCGCCCGGACGAACGACACCCGUCAGGAGCCGCGUCAACAUUCUACGGGCAGCAAACCCAACCAGAAGAGGGGUUACAUGAACGUAGUGGACGAGGAGGAUCCCUCAGGUUCCGCGGUUGUCGUGCGAGAGAAGGGAUGGAAUCCUUGGGACCGAGAUACCGCGCAACAGAAAUCCAGUUCUCCCGAACCAACGAGCUCAAACGCCGGAACCAAGCAAGUGGUGUACUGGAACAAUAAGAGCUGGAGCAAAACAAAAGAUAAGAAAACUCAGAAGUCUCAAGCCAGGGCUCAUAAGAAAGAAGAGCGAGCUAGCCCCGAGAGAGCCCUAGUGAACAACCUCAAUCUCGACGGAGAGUUAACUGAUGAAGAACCACCUAAAAACCGGCGGCGAGUAGAAGUAAUUCUCUCUCGACAUGACGACUCCUCGGAUGACGAAAUUCCGUCGAUAGCACAAGAUUUGCAUGAACAGUUGGGGAGAAAAACGGACUCCAAGGAUCUACGCGCCUUGCUAAAGCGGAAGGCCGCAAAGGUCUCAGUAAGCAAAACGGAUCUCAGGUCGACCCACAAUGAGUCCAAAGCGAGAAAGACUGCCCACACCGUAGUUGCUCCAAGCCCCCAACCUCAACCUACAGACUUAUGCCAGCAUAUCAAUUCUAAAGCUGAAGACCUACGCGUGAAGUUUAGUCAGUACAAAAAACGUGAUUUACGACCGUGCCUCGAAGUGAAGCGACAGGCGCAACUGGAGUUGAUGAAGGCUACGGGCACCCCGCACCUCAACGUGAUAAUGGGUGGCUUACCUCAUGGCGGGGACUCGGUAAGAGCAGUAAAGGAUUACAGACGACAGGCCAUCACCGCUCAGAAGUGGCCUACACAAGUCGAAGCUGACCAUCAGAUCUCCUUCUCAGCAGUGGAUACUUGCGGCAUUAGCAUGCCGCAUAAUGAUCCACUCCUCAUUGAUAUUGGAAUUGGCGAAUGCCAGGUCACGAAAUUUCUCGUCGACACCGGCAACUCAGUCGAUCUUAUCUUUCGAGAUACGCUUGACAAGAUGGAGAUCGACCUACGCGAUAUGAAGCGCUCUUCACGCACUCUCACAGGGUUCAACGGUUCCUCGGAACAGAUGAUCGGGACAAUACGUUUCCUGGUUUACGCAGGGGACGUAACCCGGACCGUUAAGUUCUCUGUUAUCCGGGCUAAGUGUGUAAAGUUUCCCGGGAAAGACGGAACAACACAGACGAUCCGUGGAGACCAACGAGCUGCGAGGGAGCUGCUUAUGGCCGCAGUCAAAUUACAACAGUCGGUUCCUCUCGUCAACUCAGUCGCCAAACCAAUUCAUAAGAUCCAUCCCCAAAAGGAAGAAUUCCGGGAGGUCAACAUCGAUGAAGCCGAUCCGACGAAAGUCAUACGCGUUGGAGCCUUCCUCUCCGACGAGAUGCAAUCACAGGUCAUCUCCUUCCUCAGAGCCAACGCUUCAACUUUUGCAUGGACAACUUCGGAUAUGAAGGGGAUAGACCCCAUCCUAGCAUCCCACGAGUUGAACGUCAACCCUACGUUCAAACCUAUUCGGCAGAAAAGACGAAAGCUCGGACCUGAGCGGUCUAAAGCUGUGAAUGAAGAAGUCGACAGACUGCUCGAGGCAGGCUUCAUUGCCGAGGUCCGGUAUCCAGAAUGGUUGGCGAAUCCGGUGGUAGUAAAGAAGAAAAACGGGAAGUGGCGCAUCUGUGUCGACUUCACUGAUCUAAAUAAAGCUUGUCCCAAGGACAGCUACCCGCUUCCUCACAUCGAUCGUUUGGUAGAGUCGACAGCUGGGAACGAACUGUUAACCUUCAUGGACGCCUUCUCAGGGUACAAUCAAAUCCUAAUGCAUCCGGACGACCACGAGAAGACGGCCUUCAUAGCGGACAGGGGGACUUAUUGCUAUAAAGUCAUGUCCUUCGGCUUGAAAAACGCAGGAGCGACCUACCAACGAUUGGUUAACCAAAUGUUCGCAGGUAAACUUGGCGACACUAUGGAGGUUUACAUCGACGACAUGCUGGUCAAGUCACUCCACGCCGAAAACCACCUCGACCAUUUGAGAGACUGCUUCACAACGUUGAACGAGUUUGGGAUUAAACUCAACCCGGCGAAGUGCACCUUCGGAGUCACCUCAGGCGAAUUCCUGGGCUACAUUGUUACCCAGCGAGGCAUCGAAGCGAGCCCAAAGCAAAUAACGACUAUCCUCGACCUCCCGAGCCCAAGGAACAGCCGAGAAGUCCAACGCUUGACAGGGAGAAUCGCGGCCCUCAACAGAUUCAUCCCGCGAUCAACUGAUAAGUGCCUCCCUUUCUAUGAACUCUUACGCGGAAAUAAAUGA